AUGUUGAAAGUAGUUUCUUCAACUCAUCGAAAUUCCAAAGACCAAUUCGUUCCACUAAAGAAUGUCUCCGUACAAGUAAAUAUUCAUUCAUUUGCUGCUGAAGUUUGCAUCAAACAACUAUUCAUCAAUAGUGAAGAAACAUUAAAUCCAAUAGAAGCAGUCUACUGUUUUCCUGUUGAAGAACAAGCUGCUAUUUACAGCUUUGAAGCUAAUUUGGAUGAUGGUCGAAAGAUUCAAGCUCAAAUUAAAGAGAAAAAAUCAGCACAAUGUGAAUAUUGUAAGGCAUUAGAACAAGGACAUGGAGCAUUUUUACUUGAACAAAAUGAAAAGUCAAAUGAUAUUUUUACUAUUAGUAUUGGUUCUCUGAAACCACAAUCCAAAUGUGAAAUUGAAAUUCAUUAUGUACAAGAACUUGAAUUAAUCAACGAUGGUCAACGUAUACAAUACGUGUUACCAACAACAAUUGCACCUCGAUAUAGUUCUAAAUCUGAUGGUGUUGGUCAUAUCAAAUCUCCUGGAUCGACAACAUCAAAUUAUGUUCAAUCAGCACCGUAUACAAUUUCUUUCAUUUGUUCGAUUUCUUCGUUACCAAUCGCAUCUGUUGGUUCACCGUCUCAUCCAAUUCAGAUUACAACAGUAUCGAGUAAUGAUGAAUAUCCAACAAUGAAUGUUUCUCUUGCACAAGAAAAUACACAUCUUGAUCGUGAUAUUAUUCUUAAUAUUGAUCUUAAAGAACAACAAAGUCUUACAUAUGCUCUAGUUGAAAAACAAGCUAUUAUGAUAUCGUUCGUACCAACAUUGGAAUUAUGUCAUAACAACAAUAAAAUAGGAAAAAUUAAUUGUGAAUAUAUUUUUGUAGUCGAUUGUAGUGGAUCUAUGAGCGAUGAUAAUAAGAUCGGUUAUGCUCAACAAGCGAUGUCUAUUUUUCUUAAAAGUUUACCUAUAGGAUCCUACUUUAAUAUCAUUCGUUUUGGUUCAUCCUAUCAACAAUUUGAAAAUAAAAACAUUACUAUUGAAUACAAUGAAAAAAAUGCUAACAAAGCUCAUGAUUAUAUUAAGCGUAUGAAAGCUGAUUUAGGUGGAACAGAACUUUAUUCUGUUCUAUCUCAUAUACAUAAAGAACCCCCUAACACAAAUUAUUCACGUCAAUUAUUUAUUUUAACUGAUGGUGAAAUUGAUGAUGUUGAUAAAGUACUUCGUCUAUGUCGUUCAAUGUCAAAUACAACCCGAAUUUUUUCAUUUGGUCUUGGUUCAGCGCCAAGUCGUUCUCUAGUUAAAGGUUUAGCACGAGUUACUAAUGGUUCAUACCUUUUUAUUCCACCUAAUACUCAUGUUGAUGUAGCUGUUGCACGACAAUUAGAUAAAGUACUUGAAUCUUGUUUAACGAAUAUUAAAAUUCAAUGUCAUUUUAAUAAUAAUGAAUAUGAAAACUAUCGAAUAUCACCAAAGAAUAUACCACCCAUUUAUGCUAAACAACGACUUAAUGUUUAUGUGAUGUUGCCAAAGAAUAUAAAAGAAAAACUUUCAGGAUCUAUUGAAUUUUUAACAAGUACAGAUAAUCUACUUGAACGUGUUGCAUUUACUGAAACGGAACCUUCAUCAUCACUUAUUGCUACUCGUUUAGCAGCUAAAUCAAUUAUUAACGAUCUUCAAAUGGAGGAUUAUAAUUUAAAAUCGUCUCAUCAAGCUCGUUUUAUUGAACAACAAAAAGAAUAUAAAAAACAAGAACUAAUUGAUAUAUCAAUUCAACAUCAAAUCCUUUCACCAUUCACGGCAUUUAUUGGCAUUGAAACAUGUACUAAGCAAGAGAUAAUGGCUGCAGCAUCAUCAGGUGAAAUAAUACUUCGCGAAGUACCUAUUGAAAUUCGAUCAAAUACUAAUACAUUGGACGAUUCCAAGGAUUGUACACUAAUCUCAAGCGUGUGUUAUCAGCAAAAUUUCUUCGAAGAGGAUAAUUAUUGUGUAGAAGCAGACGAGGAUGAUACUGUUGACGAAAGUGGAGAAGGUGAAGGUGCUGUUGACGAAGAUGAAGACGAUGAAGAUGCUUUUGACGAAGGUGAAGAAGAUGAAGAUGUUGUUGACGAAGGUGAUCAAAUUAAUUAUAGAAACUCGAAACGAAAGAGUUAUUUAGAAAUAGAGACGAAAGCAAAGUCAAAUCCACGCCUGUAUAGUAAAUUAUUAGAGACCAAAGAACCUAGACAAAAAUCUCGUUCUCGAUCUCCUAUUCAACGUCGCCGUUCAUCAGAUUCCAUGCAAAAUCAAAAUGUUGGUAAUCAGAUUGAUAUUAUUCGUCAAAUUAUUGGUUUACAAAAUUUUAAUGGACUCUGGUCAAUAAAUGAUCUUGAACAAAUAAUCAAACUUCUAGAAAAAAGUCUUCCAACUUCAAUAUUCAAAAAUAUUGAUUUUAAAAAAAUUCUAAAUGAUCAUAAACAUAAGGACAAUGAUGUCAUACUUUCCAUGAUUAUUAUGUUUAUAUGUAUGAAAUAUUUUACUGAUGAUGAACUUUUAUGGAAGCCUAUUAUGAAAAAAUGUUCGGAAGUCAUGAAAAAUCAACUUGGCACUAAUGAAUAUAAUGAAAUGCUUGAAAAAAUUAAACAAACAAUUUGA